CACUCGACGAAAUAAAUGCAUUACCCGCGUUAUUAUAGACAAAAACGUCUUGUUCUCCCUUUCUUACUAUCAGCGUAUUUUCCCGCAACACGGAUUUUCUUUUCCUUCGCCUCGAAGAUACUUCUCUCUCUAUUUCUCACUGAUUGUUUUCUCUUAUCUGCAAAAUCGCCGAUGCUAGACUCAGAUCUUCACGACCUAUCCGACGACGCCGAUUACGCUGCAUCACAGCAACAAGGAUCGGCUAGCGUGAUGCUGUGUAACGAUAGUACAAAACAAAGCUCUUCGUCCAGUGAUCAGGAUGGUGCUGAAAUUGUAUAUUCGAAGGAUAAUGUUGCAAUUCAUCCCACUCAGUUUGCUAUUAGUGGAAGAUUGAAGUUAAUUAAGCAAGGGUCUUCUUUGUUUAUGACUUGGAUACCUUACAAAGGACAUAACUCAGAUAAUGGCUUGUCUGAUAAAGACCGAAACCUUUACACCAUUAGGGCGGUGCCGUUCACUGACAUCAGGUCCAUUCGGAGGCAUACUCCUGCUCUUGGAUGGCAAUAUAUCAUUGUUGUUCUAUCAUCAGGACUUGCCUAUCCUCCACUAUACUUCUACAGUGGAGGAGUCAAAGAGUUCCUUGCUACAAUAAAGCAACACGUUCUUCUUGUGAGAUCUGCUGAAGAUGCAAACGUAUUCCUAGUAAAUGAUUUUCAGAGUACACUGCAGAGGACUUUGUCUUCCUUGGAACUUCCCAGGGCUGUUCCUCUUGCAUGUGGACCUUCAAAUAUGUCUGAGUCCACUUUGAAAGAGAACCAAGAGAGGAAUGAUAGUGGUGUCAAUAAUGGAAGGGUAAGUGUUCCUCAGUUCCAUGGGAGACCAAGACAUAAAGUUCAUGAUCCUGCUCGAGACCUCUCUAUUCAAGUUUUAGAGAAGUUCUCUCUUGUUACUAAGUUUGCCCGUGAAACAACUUCACAACUCUUUAGAGAAAACCAGACUAAUGGAUUUAGUGCCAAUGAGAGGAGAACCCAUAUCCAGACUAACCUUGAUCCUCCAAAGGCUUCCAGUGUUGCAGAAAAAAAUUCUGAUGAAAAUUCUGCUAACUCAGAUUCUCGGGAGUUUGAUGAAUUAUCGCUAGUAUGGGGAAAACCGCGACAACCCCCUUUAGGUUCUGAAGAGUGGAUUACCUUCUUGGAUUCUGAAGGGAGAGUCACAAAUUCCGAAGCUUUGAGAAAGAGAAUAUUUUAUGGAGGCCUUGACCACAAAUUACGAAAUGAGGUUUGGGGUUUGCUUUUGGGAUACUAUCCAUAUGACUCAACAUAUGCUGAGAGAGAAUUCCUGAAGUCGGUCAAGAAGUCCGAGUACGAGACCAUUAAGAACCAGUGGCAGAGUAUCUCCUCGGCUCAGGCUAAACGAUUCACGAAAUUCAGGGAAAGAAAAGGGCUUAUUGAGAAAGAUGUGGUGAGAACUGAUAGAUCGAUCACUUUCUAUGAGGGGGAUGAUAAUCCAAAUGUAAAUGUUCUGCGAGAUAUCCUGUUGACAUAUUCAUUCUACAACUUCGAUCUUGGUUAUUGUCAGGGAAUGAGUGAUCUUCUGUCUCCAAUAUUGUUUGUGAUAGACGACGAAUCAGAGGCAUUUUGGUGUUUUGUUGCUCUGAUGGAACGUCUUGGACCCAAUUUUAAUCGCGACCAAAAUGGCAUGCACUCUCAACUUUUUGCAUUAUCUAAGUUGGUGGAGAUGUUGGAUAGUCCAUUGCAUAACUAUUUUAAGCAGCGUGACUGCUUAAAUUAUUUCUUUUGUUUCCGCUGGAUUUUGAUUCAAUUUAAAAGGGAGUUUGAGUUCGAAAAAACAUUGCGCUUGUGGGAAGUAUUAUGGACACAUUAUCCUUCGGAGCAUCUGCACCUCUAUGUAUGUGUUGCAGUCUUGAAACGAUUCCGUAGUAAAAUAAUGGGCGAGGAAAUGGACUUUGACAGCCUUUUGAAGUUUAUAAAUGAGCUAAGUGGUCACAUUGACCUUGAUGCAACGUUAAGGGAUGCAGAGGCUCUAUGCAUAUGUGCUGGUGAGGAAGGUGCAGCUCGUAUCCCACCUGGUACUCCACCGUCACUGCCUGUUGAUGAUGGUUCGUUUUACAUCCAACAAGAUGAUGAAGUAUUGUAAGAUAAAUUCUCAGAUGUCAUAAAUUUCUUUUUACUUUGGGUACAAAGUCGUAAAUUUCAUUAGUGAUGCGUGAUAAUAUUAACUUCACUGUGCAUUUUCUGGUUUGAUUAGUGUAUUAGAUAAAUGCAUUUCUUAA